GGAUUCUGGGCGCUGCUAGGAGUCUGGCUGUUGCUGAGCACCCAGGAGCUAGUGGAGUGAGAAGCUGGAAGCCAGACCAGAAUCGGGAGCCAGAGUUGGGGUUGAACCCGGAGCAGCAGCAAAAGCAGCAACAACUGAAGAAGUUGGAAAGAUGCUGGUUACCCUGGGACUGCUCACUUCUUUCUUUUCUUUCUUGUAUGUGAUGGCUCCAUCCAUCAGGAAGUUCUUUGCCAAUGGAGUGUGUCAGACAAGCGUGCAGAUUCCUGGGAAAGUGGUGGUGAUCACUGGCGCCAACACAGGCAUCGGCAAGGAGACGGCCAGAGAGCUCGCUCGCAGAGGAGCCCGAGUGUACAUUGCCUGCCGGGAUGUACUGAAGGGGGAGUCUGCUGCCAGUGAAAUCCGAGCAGAUACAAAGAACUCCCAGGUGCUGGUGCGGAAACUGGACCUAUCUGACACCAAAUCCAUCCGAGCCUUCGCUGAGGGCUUUCUGGCAGAGGAAAAGCAGCUUCAUAUUCUGAUCAACAAUGCGGGAGUGAUGAUGUGUCCAUAUUCCAAGACAGCUGAUGGCUUUGAAACUCAUAUAGGAGUCAACCACCUAGGCCACUUCCUUCUUACCCACCUUCUUCUGGAGCAACUGAAGAAGUCUGCUCCUGCACGGGUGGUGAACCUGUCCUCCGUGGUCCACCAUGUUGGCAAGAUUCGCUUCCAUGACCUCCAUGGGGAAAAGCACUAUAACAGGGCUUUUGCCUAUUGCCACAGCAAGCUGGCCAACAUACUCUUUACUCGUGAGCUGGCCAAGAAACUCAAAGGCACGGGAGUCACCACCUACGCAGUGCACCCCGGCAUUGUCCGCUCCGAGCUGGUCCGCCAUUCCUUCCUGUUGUGCCUGCUCUUGCGUCUCUUCUCCCGCUUUGCCAAGACGGUGCGGGAGGGGGCGCAGACCAGCCUCCACUGCGCCCUGGCUGAGGGCCUGGAGCCCCUGAGUGGCAAGUAUUUCAGUGACUGCAAGAGGACCUGGGUGUCUCCAAGGGCCCGAGAUAACAAAACGGCCGAGCGCCUGUGGAAUGUCAGCUGUGAGCUUCUUGGAAUCAAGUGGGAGUAG